CGCGCGUCGGUCUCCUUGGCAACCGAGUCAAGAAGAGACUAUUGUGGUCAGGAAGAAAGUUUGUUUUUUGUGGUGACUGCACAAAAGUAGACCUACAAUAACAAGCCAUGUCCAGCAGUAGUAGGCCAACGUCUGUGUGCUUUAGGAGUGACAUCCACAGGCUGCUGCAGGCUGCUGAAGCAGGUCAGAGGGCUGAUAUCGAGACCUACUCUUCAGGUCAUCUUGGGCCCCGCAGCCUGAACCAGAGUCAGCCUCACGAGGAGACAAAGCAGUCUUUCUGGGGGAUGCCUCAGAGCCUAGAAGACACCACGAACCCUCUGACACCCCGGCAGACACGGAUAAGAGAGUCUGAAGUCUCAAGGUCAAGGUCAAGACAAGAUCAGGCUGCAGAUUGCUCAUCAUAUGCAGACGAACCUGAAGGUAUGAGUCUACCUAAGAUAGUUAACCAGUCCUCAAACUCUCUGCCGGCCCAGCCGAGAGCCUUCGCCCAGAAAAAGUCCGACUCUCCAUCUGAUCCGGAGGGGAAGCAGUAUUCUGACCAGAAAGGCCUGAAUACUGAAGGCCAGCUAAAGAUGAAACAACGGUUUGGCAGGCAAAUCAUAGUUGAUGUUGCUGAAAUGCACGAGAGGAAACUACAAAAGGAGCUGAGGAGGUUGUCAGCGCAAAGCUGGCCCAGCAGAGACCGCCUUGCGGUGUUCAGUGACGUCUUUGAUGAUGUAUGUGAAGGCUCACCAGUAUUUGGACGCAUCCUGAGGGAAAUUAAGACAGAUUACGAUUUGUAUGUCAACCACUUGAUGGCUUCUCAACCAUUACUACAUGACGUGUCGCUGGACACUUCACUCAAAGAUCUUGGCAGUAGCAAAGUAAAGCAAAUGGAGUUGGAAGAUGCUGUAAAAGAGGUUUUCAGGCUGGAGCAGGAGGCCAGAAGAGCUCAGGAGGAGAAUAAACAAGUCCAAAAUGAAUCACAGAAUGUUCCAGCUAUCACAGGCCCAGAGGACAGCGACAUGAAGAAUACAUCCCUGUCAGGGCUGCAGGACAGAGGAACUGCCGUCAGCCACACCGACAGUGUCCAAUCCAAGGGGCUGGAGGUGUUGAACACGUGGCGGGAGAUCCAACAGCUGGAGGAGGAGAUUAAGGAGAAGCUGGUGUCCUCUGAUACAAUCACGGCCACUGAAGGAUGCAUCAAAGACCUAAAGGCAGAGAUAGUGAGACUGAUAGUCUCAAAUGACCGUCUGCAGACCACCAACAAGGAUCUGGAAAAGAACAUCAACAUGGUGCUAGACAGAGAGAAAGCAAGCAAGGCCAUAAGACGGAUGUUGUGGGAAGACAUACAUUGUGAUCUACAAACAGAGUGAAUAGCUUCAUCACCAGAGGAUCAUUUCUUGAGAUGGACGUUCCAAAGUGCAACAGAAAUGAUGGAAUGCAUAUUUAAUAAAGUCGCAUCUUUGACCAGCAA